GCGGCUGCCGUGCUGCCGGCCAAUGGCGGGGCAGGUAGGGGUUGGAUGGCUUGGCGCCGGGUCCCGGACUAUGGAGCCUCUGGCGCGGGGACAGCUUGUCUGGUGACUGCGGAGCUGGUAAGGCAAAGAAUCCUAUUCUAAGAACACCAUGGUGCUGGGUCCUGGACAGAAGAUACCAGAUGAUGAUGCUGCUGAGGACCAUGGGGACUCGGCCCACCUCGGUGCCAUCAACCCUGCCUACAGCGACUCCUCCCUCCCGCAGUCCACCGGGAGCUCCGACGAGCCCUUCACCACCUAUUUUGAUGAGAAGAUUGCCGUUCCUGAGGAGGAGUACUCGUGCUUUAGCUUUCGUAAACUCUGGGCUUUCACGGGACCAGGCUUUCUUAUGAGCAUUGCCUACCUGGAUCCAGGAAACAUCGAAUCUGACCUGCAGUCCGGAGCAGUGGCUGGGUUUAAGUUGCUCUGGGUUCUUCUGCUGGCCACCAUCGUGGGGCUCCUGCUGCAGCGCCUGGCAGCGAGGCUGGGAGUGGUCACUGGGAUGCACCUUGCCGAAGUGUGUCACCGUCAGUAUCCCAAGGUCCCACGAAUCAUCCUGUGGCUGAUGGUGGAGCUGGCUAUCAUUGGCUCGGACAUGCAAGAAGUCAUUGGCUCGGCCAUUGCCAUCAAUCUCCUGUCUGUAGGAAGGGUUCCCCUGUGGGGUGGAGUACUCAUCACCAUUGCAGAUACCUUUGUAUUUCUCUUUUUGGACAAAUACGGCUUGCGGAAGCUGGAAGCAUUUUUUGGCUUUCUCAUUACUGUGAUGGCCUUCACAUUUGGAUAUGAGUAUAUUACAGUGAGGCCCAACCAGAGCGACGUUCUCAAGGGCAUGUUCGUGCCGUCCUGUUCGGGCUGCGGCACCCCACAGGUGCAGCAGGCCGUGGGCAUCGUGGGAGCUGUCAUCAUGCCACACAACAUGUACCUGCAUUCUGCCUUAGUCAAGUCCAGACAGGUAAACCGAGCCAAAAAGGAGGAGGUCCGAGAGGCCAAUAAGUACUUCUUCAUUGAGUCCUGCAUCGCUCUCUUUGUUUCCUUCAUCAUCAACGUCUUUGUCGUCUCGGUCUUUGCCGAAGCAUUUUAUUGGAAAACCAACCAGCAGGUGAUUGAAGCCUGCAGAAAUAGCAGCAGUCCCCACACCGACCUCUUCCCUAACGACAACUCGACACUGGCCGUGGACAUCUACAAAGGGGGUGUCGUUCUGGGGUGCUUCUUCGGGCCUGCUGCCCUCUACAUCUGGGCGGUGGGGAUCCUGGCUGCGGGACAGAGCUCUACCAUGACAGGAACCUAUUCAGGCCAGUUCGUCAUGGAGGGAUUCCUGAACCUGAGAUGGUCACGCUUUGCCCGAGUGAUUCUGACCCGCUCCAUUGCCAUUAUCCCCACUCUGCUUGUUGCUAUUUUCCAAGAUGUGCAACAUCUCACAGGGAUGAAUGACUUCCUCAACGUCCUGCAGAGCUUGCAGCUUCCCUUUGCUCUCAUACCCAUCCUCACCUUUACGAGCUUGCGGCCAGUGAUGAGUGACUUUGCCAACGGAAUAGGCUGGAGGAUUGCAGGCGGGAUCUUGGUCCUGAUCGUCUGUUCCAUCAACAUGUACUUUGUCGUGAUUUACGUCCAGGAUCUAGGGCACAUGCUACUGUAUGUGGUGGCGGCCGUGGUCAGUGUGGCCUAUCUGAGCUUUGUGUUUUACUUGAUUUGGCAAUGUUUGAUUGCACUGGGCAUGUCCUUCCUGGACUGCGGACGCACGUGCCACCUGGGACUGGCAGCUCAGCCCGAACUCUACCUUCUGAACACCAUGGACGCCGACUCACUCGUGUCCAGAUGACAGGCGGCCUGAGAGACUGUGUGCGAACCAUUUCCUCUUAGUCCGUUUGUGCCCAGGGCCCUGUUAACAUAUCUCUGUUAGUUCAGAGGUGAGUCUUGUUCGACGUUCUGAACAAAAGGCAAAGACUUCCUCAUGGGAAGGGUGUUAAAAGCUAACAGCUGUUCAGUGUAGGUCAGAGACCCGCUCACUCACAGCCACCCUGCAACAUCCAGAGUUAGUUGAUUGGCCUGCGAGGGCCACACACCCCAUGGGCUCGUGUCUCAACGGCUGGAAUUUAAGAAACAUAUAUGUGUAUGUAUUGAUGUAAUCCUGAACGUAUCAGUUUGGGUAGAGAUUUACCAUGAUAAUAAUGGAUAGAUCUUUCGUAUUUUUAAACAGCAUCUCGCUCAGACAAAUCAGAUAUUUGUUUUGUCUGGAUGACAAGUGAUAAAAGAAAGGGACUAACGCUCUGCUUCUUCAGAGUGAACUGGUCAAACUGACUUAGCCUUUAAAGUGGAGCUGGACCACGGCCAGUUACAUUUCAUUCAGUUUUACCCAGACCCUGAGUAACUACUGGUACUGGCACAUCAUUUCUACAGAAAACAUGUCUUACAUUUAGCAAUCAUAGCUAAUCCUAGUUACCAGUGUGCCGUAUAAUUAUUAUCCUCCAUCACUUUUCUUGAAAUUUUUUUGAGAUAUGAUGGUAUUUUCCAAAGAGCUUAAUACCUGGUAACAAGAUCCAGAAACCAUAAGCAACGAUCAGUUUCCCAUGCUUCAUCGGGCGAUGCAGCCCAUUCUAGCGUUCGGGGGUCAGGUGUAAAAAGAAGGAACGUCUAGUAUUUAACUGUGUAAGCCCCAACAGUUUUCUUUUCUUCCUACUUUUCUCAUUAGCAGUCCAGCAUCAUUUCUAGGUUCACAGCAUAUUUCUAGGAGUGGUUAUAUUUCUAAUGUUCAAUCUCCUAGAGAAUGCUAAGCAUUUUAUUUCAAGAUACUUACGCCAAGUAGUAGUAUGAGAUUAGAAUGAGACCAGCACUUGGAAGAUUAGCCCACCUGUCACCAACUGCCUGCCUCCAGGUGGGUUAUAGGUUUUUUGAGCCCUGCCUACCCAGGAUUGUUUUUCUACACAUUUUUACAAUAAAAAUUUAAUAUUUAAAAACAGAGAAUUGUUGCAUGACUACCUGAAAAGUGAGAAGACUGUCAGCCCUGUGUCAGCGUUCUCGCGUGGAAGGGUGUUCGGCCAGGGCGAUGGCAGCCAUCCGUUUUUCGUGGAGCAAACUUCAGGGUGGAUGCUCCCCUCCACUCUCCUCACCGCUCCAGAGCCAUGGAGUUUGUGUGGCUCGGAGCAUCAUUUUCUUCUUUCAGCAUAAAAAUGAAGUAUCUGACCUGUCUGCCUUAUUUUAAAACUUGCUAUAUUUCAACAAGACUUUUCAAAGACCCAGAAAAUUGCCUCUUUUCAUUUCUGUGACGAGGCCAUCUAGGUGGCAGGGAUAUUCCUGAGACAGUACUUCAAAAUCCCUUCAUUUCUACUUCCUCCAUUUCUACCUCUGACAAAGAGCAGCAGCACUUGGCAACUAAGGGUAGAAUCCUUCUGAUUUUUAAAAAUAAAACUGAGUUAACAUCAAUUAGCUUUCACUUGGAAGAGACUUUUAAAAUGAGUUUCAGUGUUUUGGUUUCUUUAUACACCUACAGCAACUUUUUUUUAAAAGAUUUUAUUUAUUUUUUAGAGAGAGGGGGAAGGAGGGAGAAAGAGAGGGAGAGAAGCAUCGAUGUGCAAGAGAAACAUCAACUGGUUGCCUCUUACACCCCCCCAGCCAAGGACCUGGUCUGCAGCCCAGGCAUGUGCCUGGACUGGGAAUCCACCUGGUGACUGUUCAGUUUACAGGCUGACACUCAACCCACUGAGCAACACCAGCCAGGGCUUCAUCCUUUAACUGUAAGUUGUUAGAAACAGACGAAAGUUUACAAAAAUGUAUAAGCAUACCCUUUAGGUCAUACAACUCCUGCAAUCAGAAAAUUUGUUAAUAAAC